CCUCCCCCGGCGCGGGGAGCGCAGUGCCCGCGGGCGAUGGAGGCGCUGGGAGCCGCGGCGGCGCUGCUGCUGGCCCUCCCUCUCCUGGCCUUCGCGCUGUACUGCUGCUACGUGCGAUGCAUCCACGCCAUGUACGACCACAUCCCCGGCGCCCCGCGGGAGAGCUUUUUAUUUGGACAUCUGCCAAUCUUGUGGAGAAUGCUGAGGAAACAGGAGUUUGUGCACGAUCUCUUCCUGCAGUGGGCAGAGAAAUAUGGACCCAUUGUACGGCUUAAUGCUUUUCACAGAGUGUCAGUAAUGAUUCUGAGUCCUGAAGGCGUGAAGGAGUUCUUGAUGUCACCACGGUACCCAAAGGAUCGGCUGAUAUAUGGUCGUAUCUUCAACUUAUUUGGUGAGAGGUUUCUCGGGAAUGGCUUGGUAACUGUUUACAACCAUGAGCUUUGGCACAAGCAGCGGAAGAUGAUGGAUCCCGCUUUCAGCCGAACCUACCUGAUUGGUCUGAUGGAAACUUUUAAUGAAAAAGCAGAGGAGCUGAUGGAGAAGCUAGAGGAAAAGGCAGAUGGAAAAAAAGAGUUUAGCAUGCUGACCAUGAUGAAUCGGGUGACUAUGGAUGUCAUUGCAAAGGUAGCCUUUGGCUUGGAAUUAAACGCACUGAGUGAUGACCAGACACCUUUCCCGCGUGCUGUGACCAUGAUUUUGGAGGGAAUGACCAAGGCACGCCUGCCCUUCUUGCGGUACAUGCCCUGGAAACAGAAGCUGGUAAAGGAGGUCAAGGAGAGCGUGAGGCUGCUGCGGCAUGUGGGGAAGCAGUGCAUUGACCAGAGGAGAGAGGCCAUUCAAAAUGGGAAGGAAGCAUCGCUGGAUAUUCUUGCACAGAUACUGAAAGGAGAUGCUCUGGAGGAAACUGCAGAUGAUGAAAGCAUUUUGGAUAACUUUAUCACUUUCUUUGUUGCAGGUCAUGAAACAACUGCCAAUCAGUUGUCAUUUACAGUAAUGGCACUGGCUCAGCAUCCUGAAAUACUGGAAAGGGUGCAGGCCGAAGUAGAUGAAGUUCUUGGUGCCAAGAGAGACAUUGACUAUGAGGAUCUUGGCAAACUCACAUACUUAUCACAGAUUUUGAAGGAAUCGCUGCGUCUGUACCCGCCUGUCCCAGGGACAGUACGCUGGUUGGAGAAGGAAUGCAUCAUCAACGAUGUCAGAAUUCCUGCGAACACAACACUCGUUUUCAGCACUUAUAUAAUGGGAAGGAUGGAAAGGUAUUUCAAGGAUCCACUCAUUUUCGAUCCAGACCGAUUCAGCAAAGAUGCACCUAAGCCAUACUACUGCUACUUUCCAUUCUCUCUGGGACCCCGAUCCUGCAUUGGGCAGGUGUUUGCACAGAUGGAGGCAAAAGUGGUGAUGGCAAAACUGCUGCAGAGGUUUGAAUUCCAGCUGGUACCAGGGCAGAGUUUUAAACUCUUGGAUGCUGGAACCAUUAGGCCACUAGAUGGAGUAAUGUGUAAAUUAAAGCUAAGAAGCUUGGCAGGAGCCUGCCAGGCUUAACUACUUAGGAAAGGAGCACGACAUGUUGGUGGUAGAGUUUCUACCAAUUUUGAAGAUCUUCAAACUAAUCAAAGGUUAGAUUUUGCUGACUUCUUUAGAGGAUUACUAGGCUUAAAUUUUUAAUAGCCUGCUUCAUAAUUUACUGAACAAAACGUUGGGAGAGUCACUCUAGAUGUGCUUGAGCAUCUUCAAUCUGGAUCCGUACCUGGAAUUGCAAAGGCUGUAAUUUUCCUGAGGGGUACUAUUUAGUUCUGAUCAGACUUGGAGAAGAAUAUCCUUUCACUGGAGCAUCCCUGGAGCUCCACAGAAACUCAGCUCCCAGCUGAUAUUUUCCACUAACUUGACUUACAAUGCAACAUGGUCUAGGUAAAUCCUUGUUUGCAGAAUUUCAUGGCAGAGCUCAAGAUUUGGACUGAACCUGGGAAGAGAAAUUUAGAGCUAUUCUCUUGGUCAAAUCAAUUUUCCCAUCCUUCCUCUAAAAGAGAAGAACGAUUGAUAGGAACAAUUUGAAGAAAAAAUUUAAGGACUGUAGCCACUAUUUUUCUACGUUGCUUCUGUCUCAUUUUUCUUCAGUUUUUCCUACUUUUCUUCCAGUAUUUUUCACAAUGUAUAUUCCCAAUCCAUGCUCUAGAAAGGGGGUCUCCUGCUCCCUCCUGUCCCUCCCCACAGCCCAUGUUCAUUCUUUUGAGAAGCUGCUCUCUUAGGCGGGUCUUGCUGGGUUUAUCUCAGCCUGGUUCUUUUUCCCCAUCUGGCUCAUCACAAAGCUACAUGAACACUUGGACCACACAUCUAGUAGGUACAGCGGAGUUGGAAGUAAGUGCCUGGAAUGAAAGCCACUUAAACGUAUAUUGCUGCUGAAGGAACACCUGUGCAACUUGAGCCAGAGGCAGGAGAAGGUCCUGCACACCCUUUUUCUGCAGCUGUGCCAAAAUUGCUUGCUGCAUGCAGGCUUGAAGCCUGCUCUGCUACGUAAAAAAUGGUCAUGUGAAAAUGCCACCUUCUGGCAAUAAGUGGAUACUUGAUAUUAGCUUGGGCCCUGAAAUAGAGGGAGUUCAAGAUAUUUGGUGCUGCUACCAAUAUGGCAAGAAGUUGGUCUGUACACUCUCGAGUUCCUGUGGUGGUUUCCACACCAGAUGCGUAACGUCCCAGAGCUUUUUCUGGUGCUGCUACUGUUCUGCACCAUCUCACUCAGUGCAGCAGUGGUAUAACAGGCCAAUAAGAUUGAUGUGGCUUUUGAUAAUGUAAGUAGUGUCACGCAGUGUGUUAAUAUGACUUAUACUUACAUUGCUCGGAAAGAUUUAGUCUAUCUCUUAGUAGACCACCUCUUCAAUCCCUUGUGCUGGAGAUCUGCUUAUAUCCUCCUAGACACUAAUAAAAUCUGUUUGGGAAAACUGAGGACUCUCCAGACGGUUGUGUGUUCCUGGGAGCUGAUGUGGUCAGGAGCAGGAUGCUCAAUGCCAGUCAGGCUAGUGGUGUUACAAAAGGCUGAAGCCAGAGAAAAUCUCAAAGGGAGGGAAGUAUCUUAGCAGCUCAAGGAGUGGUGGGGGAAGCUGCGAACAGCAGGCAGACAGCUUAACAGACACGCUGGAAAGCCGUGCUGUGAAGAUGCGAGAAGCCAGGUCUCUGCUCUGCCCUACUAAUGGGUGAGUUGAGACGCAUUAGUUGCACAAACACAUAUUUCCUUCUGCUACCUCUAUGAUGGAGACAGGCAUCUCCAAAGAGGGCUCAAGGGGUGUGGUAGCAUAUUAUAAACCUGCAGAGUUUUGUCACACCUCAUCUGUGUGAGAUCAGUUCUUUCUUAUGUUGAUAGCCUUCCAGCAGAUGGCAAGCUCUCCUUGUCGAUGAAACCAACAAGAGCAGCAGAUCCUCGACCUUGACUGCUCCUUCUCUAAGGAGAAAGCACCCCUGGGGUAUCUUACCGCAGGAGUAGAUGAUGCCCAGUGAUGUUGUGUAAAUGCCCUGCAGUGUUCUCACAGUUUCAUCCUGCAUCCUCAGCCAGGAGGUGAUUCCUUGUCCCUGGGGCCCCGUAUGCCAACCAGGUCCUAGCACAGGCUUUGCCAAACUUUGUUGAGAAACUUCAGGCCAGAAGUACCAAGAGAGGCACAGCUGUGCCUGCCAGGAGCUAUAAAAAGACCCGGAGGUUGCAACUUUCUUGGACACCACAAAAGAAAGGACAGAUUCCCCUUAUUCUGGGGAAGAGAAAUGCAUUGUUUAACUUCUUGGACAAGCAGUUCACCUGCACCACACACUCUGCUAGGGAUUGUGGCCAAUAAGUCAAAAAAGCAGAGCAAAGUCUGUCUCCUCAGUUGUCUUCCCAGCUGCUUGUAGAAAAGUAUCCUACCUGCAGCUAAUUUUCUUCUCAUCUUUUUCCUGGCUCUUGGGCAAAGCAAAGAAAAAUCUGGAAAUGGCUGAUGGGGUGAUUUUUCCCUGUUUGCCACCCAUGUGGUCCCAGCGCAGGCCUAUUUGACGUGCCUGGAGGCUGGAUGCAAAAAGGUUUCUCAGUUGACAUGGAACUGCAAAGCCAGGCUGCUCAGGAUGGCUCCUGCACCCCACAUACUGCAUUUAGGGGCUUGCCCUCCAGCAGCUCCAGAUGUGCACACUUGCAGAUGGACAGGAACUCUCUGGAGGCAGCCAGCAGCUCAACGGGCAGGAGUCAAGGUAGUAGAAUCAUAGAAUGCUGCUUUGGAAGGGGCUUCAAGGUCCAACCGUUUUAGGUGAUGUUUAAUUUAAAUGAGAUGGCCUAGAACCCUGUCAAGCUGAGCCUUAAAAGUGUCUAGUAUAAAGGAAUCUACCACUUCCCUGGGGAGAUUUUUCCAAUAUUUGGCUGUUCUCAUAGUGAAAAAUUUUCUUCUGGAAUCCAAUCAGAAUCUCCCCAGGAGCAAUCUACACCCAUUACCUCUUAUAAGGUAAGCAGCUGCCCCCAAAAAUGAGGGUACUAGCGGUGACACUCCCAAGAGUCUUUAUCAGAGGUGUGUAAGUUUUCCUCCUGUUCUCAUGUAUGGCUGCUGCAGGUUUCUUUGAUCCUCCUCCCAGACCUAUGAAGUCUUUGCCUCCCUCUUCUGGAUUGAUGCCCAGGACUUUCAUGUACAUACUCAGAACUCCCCGCUGUGGAUUUCUCCACAGAUUUUUUUAUGCUCACCCAAGAGCCUGAUCUUAUUCCAUUUGGAUCAGUGUCAUAGACAAGAAAUGGGGAAAAUGCUGCUGCCUACAACUCUUGGGACAGGAGGGAACCAGUUAGGGGACAUGUACCCAGAGAAGCCUCCGUCUUUCACAGGAAGGCAAACCUCUUCACUGCUGGCAUGGGAGAAGGUGAUGCUUUGUCACCCCAGCUAGUCUGGAGCACAGGAGACUCCCACUUUCGCAUCUACACCUCACGUACAGACUCACCUCGAUAUCCAAAGAGAAGCCCAGCUAGAAUUAUUGACUGUAAAGAAAGUGGGAAAAAUUGCCAUGAUUUUGCAUGAGAGGAACCUCAUCCUAGCCCUUGCAGGAAGCCAGGAGAAUCUCAGAAGCAUGAGAUUCAAUCACAUUCAUUGAAAUACCAGCACAGCCUGGUAUUUUCUGAACAGUGGACAGCCUUCUGCUCAUCUAUAGUAUCUGGCGGAAUGACUGUCUAUAGGAAAGAAUAAAAUGCUGACGCUUUUUGCUGGAGCAAGGUAUACAGAGCAGGAACCAGGAUAUUUUAUUCACUUUCAGGCUCAUCUAUCCAGCCAUGGCCAGGUCCUAUUUGCUUUUUUCACCGCAGCAGCUUUAGAGCCUUGUGCUAGGCGCAUGCAGCACAUUUAAUCACUGUAUGUUCAGAAAAGCUGCUGCUCCUAGAUGUGGUGGGCCUAGUAUAAACAUGCAGGUUAACUAUACCUGCAUUUGCACUUGGUGCGGUUAUACGAUGAGAGCUGCAAGAGGAGGCCUUCUCUGAAGGUCUUCUCUCGUUUCCAAGCAACAUAUGCUUAUUGAGAAAAGACAAUCACAGAGCAGGUGUCCAUAGCACAUACUCAACCCAUCUCCUCCAGACAGCACUCACGCACUGGCAAAGGCAAUAAAGUCAGGUAGAAAAUUCCUUCUGCUGCACUACAAGAAAUUGAUGGAAUGGGAUGGGCCCAGCAGAGCAGGACUGUUGCUUCUCCUCUGUUUUCCCACAAACUGCAACAUUUUGUAUUCUGGACUUAGAGACAAAAGAAGCACUCUUAGAGAAGGAAUAACAUUUCUGCAUUGAGGCAGUGUGUCUGCGCUUCACUCCUUCAAUGAUAUCAGGGACAAGGGAGGCACCAGUGAGUUGGGGAAACUGCCUGAACUGGGAGACCACAAUCCUGUCAGCAUCUCAGUAGGAUCAUUUUAAAGUUUCUCCGUCUUCCUGCCCAUACCGAUACUGUGAUCUGCUCUUCAGGACACUUGAUGACAUUAUUUGUAAUUAACGGCUGCCUGUCUGUUUUGUAAUAAGGUUUGGAAGCUGCACCCAGGUGACACUGAAGCCAAAGAGGUGCCCUUUACUCUUACUCCCUUUGAGUUCAUUUUCUUGCUGUAGACUCACAGUCUCUCAGCUGCAGGUACAGUGAGUCAGGGAGGCCCUGAAAAUGGAAAAUAAAGUGAUAUAAAGAGGUCACAGCUAGCAAGCUCAGAAAACUUUCUGCAACACCUUCCUUUCUUACAUAAGAACUCCACAUGAAAUGUUUGGUGGCAAGCUCUGCCCUGCUCACCAUGCCCAUGUGUGCCCGUGCACAGGUCCGUGCAAGGCAGCGAGUAUUUUUCUGAAUCAGUAGUGGUGGUCAUUUAACAAAACUGGAAGUACUGUCUCAGGGAUUUCCCGUUCAAGCUCUGAAGUGUGUCAUGGCCUUGUCCUGCUCCACUGUCUCAGCAGGCUUUGGGGUGCACAUGGUCCAAGUCCCUCCCACUCUGGUGAGCAGCUAGACUCCUCCCUACGGUGAGUUUGCUCUCUCUACGCUUUGCCCUUUGUUGCUCACUCUCAGAGCCUACAACACACGUGAGCUCUGCUCUGAACUUCUCCAACAGUUUUUUACCCUCAGAACAAACCAUCUUUUGAUCCUCCUCCUGGUUCAGCCAGCACAGCCCCUCACCAUACUCCUGAGUGUGAGACAGCACCCUCUUCUCAAGGACUAUUACUGUUCCCUCUUUUCUUUUCAGAAUACUUAGGUGACAUCUCUAUUAACAAAGGAAAUAUGCCCCAGACCUUUCCCUGGCACUGAGGUGGACUGGCACAGAACAGCCAAGUCUAUUGAGCUCUCUCAUCCUUCAAAAUAUGGUGGUCGUGUACAACCAGCAUCUCAGACAUGGUCUCUGGCACAUCUUGACUCUCAGAUCUUACUAGGAAAUGUCAGGAGAGUGCCAAGGGCUGCUCUAACAGGGAAGAUAAAGUGCCAGUACCUAGGAACGUACCUGGCACUUCAACUUCUCCAGCCCGUACUAGUCUGAAGACUAUCUUUAGACCAAGUCUAUACUGGUAGUCUAAUCUUGCUGCAAGCUAUUUUGUUCUAAUACUAAACUUCUGCCUCUCAUCCUUCCUCUUUAGCUCCAUGCCCUCCUUCUCUUAGCAAUACUGCUUUCCAUUCAUCUCCUCUCCUUUACUGUGGAAAGGUCACCACACUUAUGUCUCACACUCUAGCUGUCCUUCUCCUCUUUGAUCCAUCUAUAGGAUUUGCUUCCUAUCUAUAGUGCCCCCACACUGAGGUCCAGCUAAGGGUCUUGUACGCUUUACCCCAUGCCAUUGUCCUCUCUGGACUGGUGCAGAAGUUGUUCCUCCAGUACAGACUCAUUGUAAAAAGAUUAAGGAACUGCCUCCUUCUUUUCAAAUAGGCUUUAAUUAAUUAGCUUUGCUCUCACUCCAUUUCCUCAGAAGAUCACAAUGCUGUAAGCUAUGAGCAGACACUGGAGCAUCUCCAGUGCCUGAAGUACCAGCAGCAUCCUGUAAGAUAUUAUGCUGGAUCCACCCUGAGAAUCCUAGCAGGGGAUACUGAAGCCAAGCACUGGGAGAGACUUUAGCUCUGUGGGGUCUUUUUCAGUUCCUCUGGGGAGGGUUGAUUGUUGUCUCACUCACCUUCACCUUCCAUCUCUUUCCCCAUUACCUGCUCUCUCUUCUUUUAUUUGCACAAAUCCUCCAAUGAAUUAAAGGACUCUCAAAUGAACACAUACUCCUCUGCUGCACACUUGCUUUUUCCCAUUCAAGGUGUCAGGUCUGUCAGGCGAGGCCACCUCUUGUACUGUUAUCUGCAAGAAGCCUUGCACAGCAGGACCAUGCUCUUGGCAGGAAUCCUUAAAUGCUACUGUAAAGCAAAUAAAUAAUCAAUCAUUAUUAUUUUUAUGUAUCUGUGAGUCCUCUCUAAUAGGUCUUGAUAUUAUUACAGUGCUGAGGACAGGCUGAAAUUAGAUAAAGUGCACUCAGCUGGUGUCUAUUCCCUUGGAAACACAGGUGAAAAUGUAUUUAAUAGCUCUCCAGGGACAACGAAUAUUCAUUAAUAUGACACAGACAUAUACUUGAUUUGAAAAUAAGGACAGUAAUUAAAGAGCUAUUAAGGUUACAAAGCAACAAAGGAAAUUCAGCUACAGAAAGAGCUGUUCUGAGGAUCAGCCCCUAACCUAUGUGUGCGUGGAUAAACACAGGCCGCCCGAGAUGUU